GACCGUUUGGGUGUGCUUUGCAUGUUCCUACAACAACAAUUGGCUAUAUUCGGUAUCCUAUACACAGAUAAAAAAGUCUGUCUCUUAGUCACGUAUGAACUUGGCAAUAAGAAAGGCAAAUUUUAUAUUGGUUAAUUUAGCAUAUAAGUCGUUUGUUAAACGAUAUAUCUUCAUAUAAAAGACUAAGAACUAUCUGCAUUUAAAAAAAAUGGAUUUAAAAGUUUUGUGUUGUAUAGUCAUGCUGAUUCUAAUGUCAGGUGGAAAGCAAAUUACCGGCCAACUGCGAGAAAAAGACAGGACAGACUCAACUGAAGAAGACGUAACUGUUCUGACAAGAUGUUACGACGAAUAUGGCUGUUUCUCUAUCGGCGAACCAUUCUUGUCGGUCUACCGGCCUAUCAAUCUUUACCCUUCUGACCCUAGGGACAUUGAUGUACAUUUUUUCUUGAUGACCAGAAGAAACAUUGGCCAACUUCAAAAGCUUUCAUUCAAGGACAAUUCCACUUUUGUUUCUUCCACUUUCAACCCUUCUAAUCCAGUAAAGAUCAUAAUUCACGGCUAUUUGGAGCAUGGUAAUGAAGACUGGAUCCAGGACAUGGUUAGAGAACUUCUUACUCAUGAUGAUUAUAACGUCAUUUCCGUCGACUGGGCUAAAGGUGGAGUACCUCCUUACACGCAAGCCGUAGCCAACGCUAGAAUGGUCGGUGCCAUCGUUGGAAAGUUUCUUCAGUACAUGGAAGAUAAUUUAAGAGUAUCACCUUCUGACGUUCAUAUAAUAGGCCAUAGUUUGGGAGCCCAUGCUGCUGGUUAUACAGGAGAAAGAGUUCCAGGAUUGGGUAGAAUAACUGGACUAGAUCCAGCGGAACCAUAUUUUCAGUAUACUGAUCCAAAGGUACGACUGGAUCCAUCUGAUGCCCAGUUCAUUGAUGUCAUCCAUACAGAUGGAGAUAGCAUCAUUUCAGGAGGUUUUGGAAUGAUGCAAUCCAGUGGCCACGUGGACUUCUAUCCAAAUGGCGGAAGAAGACAACCCGGUUGUAAUAAUAACGUUGUAAGCUCUGUACAGCAGGAAGGUGAUUUAUAUUACGGUAUCCGUCGAUUUGUAGGCUGUAACCACAUCCGAGCGUACGAGUUCUUCUCCGAAUCCAUUAAUACGGACUGCCCAUUCUUCGGAUACAAGUGCAAUAGUUUCGCCAACUUCACCGCUGGUGUUUGUACUGAUGGGUGUGGGGAUGGAUCAUUUUGUGCUCCCAUGGGUUUUAAAGCCGACAAGUGGCAACGCUUCAAAAAAGCACAACCUGUGAAAAUGUAUCUUAUUACAGGAAACGUCCGUCCUUUUUGUCAAUAUCAUUACAACAUCAAAAUUAAGAUGGAGAACUCUGAAGAAAACAGAAAAAUUGGGCCUCAGCGUGGCGUUAUUCUUGCGAAACUAACUGGUAGAAGAGGUCAAACUUCUGUAAUGAGAACCUCAAGAGAACCGCAAGAGUUUAAUUCUGGAACGACGUACGAAUUCCUUAUGAGUUCAUCAGAAUUGGGAAGUCUUCUACGAAUUGAUAUUGAGUGGCGGCCAGUUUCACCUUUUUUCAAUUUCAAUUUCAACACUUUCAACAGACCAAAUGAUGUAACUCGGCCUCUCAGGAAUAUGUUCAUUCCUGUUCGAUCUAGAUUGCAAAUUCAAAGCUUCGAAGUGAAAAAUCUUGAAUCUGGAAAUGUCUUUGUUUUCUGUGGACAGCCCGCAGAUCUUGCUUAUGCUGAACAAGUUAAGACGUUUUUCAAAAGUAGCGGCAACUGUACAUCUUAAUAGGUACUUGCACGAAGGAAGUUACUGUGGAAAGUUAACAUUCGAAGAAGCUCACCGUGCAAAAUAUUCAAAACAAAUGGAGUUAUGUUAAUGCUAGGAAUAUUCCUUUCGAACACAUUAUCACGUUUCUAAAACUAUAUUCGAUAUUAAUAUGUGGCGAUUGUUGUAAAACAAACAAACAAAAAAACAAGAUAUUUAUUCUGAUUUUUUUUCCUGGAAUA